UCGUGAUUUGGUCGCCUCCGCGAGCAUGGCGGCUUUCUCAUCCAUCAAGGUCAUACGCGAGGCGAGCGUUUACUCUCUCUACGUCUUGUUCGCUCUGCUAGCAGCCUACCUACUCAACCAGCUCGACCGCUACACUCUAGCAAUUGUUGCAAAGCCGCUCGCUCAACAUCUCAAGUUUGGCGACAAGGCGUGCAUGGCGAACGAGUCGAAUUCGUUCUAUGCGAACCACUCGGAUCGAUUUAAGGACGAGUGCAAGGGUCUAUUCGAUUCGAAGUCGUCGGGAAAUGAUAGUGACUUGUGGAAACGCAAUCACACGACCUACUUGUAUCCGUUGAAGUCUCUAAAUGGAUCGUCUUUUAUGAAAGAGAAGUUGUGUUACGGAUACGUUUCUAAUUUUUCGACGAAUGUGAGUGGCGUUGAGGUGUACAAUACAACUGAGCCGUGUAAGUGGGACUAUGAUGGCAAGGGCAUUUUGUAUCAGGUUGUUGCCGGUCCAAUUUUUACGCUUGUCUACACGAUUGCCGGCAUACCUCUUGGAUUGGCAGCGGACAGGUGGAACAGAGUUCGGAUUCUUUCCAUGUGCCUUAUGCUGUGGAGUGCGUGUACACUCGUCUCUGGCUUUGCCACUGCCUAUUGGAACCUUGCUCUCUUACGAAUGGGUGUUGCAAUUGGUGAGGCCGGGUGUACACCCAUGGCGUCGAGUAUUAUCUCCGACUAUUUCGUGGAGUCGCUCCGUGCGAGUGCAUUGGGGAUCUACAACUGGGGCAUCUACACUGGCUACAGCAUGUCGUUCGCUCUUGGAAAUUCUGUGCAGACGCAUCUGAAUUGGCGUUGGGCAUUCAUAAUCUCUGGCAUACCCGGACUGGUGCUCGGGGUGAUCAUAUGGCUCACGGUGAAGGAACCGAAACGAGGCGCCAGCGACCAGGCACAGAAUUCAGUGAAGAAUGCGACAAAGGCCGUCACAUUGCCUCUCUCUGAGAAAAUUCGAGAUCUCUUUAAGUUGUUCUUUAUGAGCCCGUCCUUGCUGUUGCUUUGUAUUGCCGGUGGUGUUCGAAACGGCGGUGGCUACGUCUGGGCAUACAACACGGAGACGUUUUUCGAGAACGUCAAAGAUCAAUCACCAAGUCAAAUCAAUCAUUUUAUGUCGUGGAUUCCUCUUGUGGCCGGUUCGUUGGGCGUCGUCGUCGGAGGCUUCAUAUCCGAUCGACUCGUCUUCGGACGCAGUGCGUACGUUCGCAUCUGGGUGCUUGUCGUGAGUCAACUAUUGGCGGCACCGUUUGCCGCGGGUGCACUAUUUCUCUCGCCUCCGUUGUGUUACCUCAGUCUUAUACCGUCGAAUGUUAUCGGUGAGAUGUGGGUCAGUGUGACUAUGACCGUCGUGCUGGAGCUCGUGCCUGUGUACUUGCGGACGUCGUCAGUCGCCGUCUAUUUCUUCAUCAUUACGAACAUCGGCGGCAACGUCAAUCCUCUCGUUUCAGUCAUCAAGUCGAGAUUUGGUGGGACACAUGAUGCGUACAAGUUGGCGCUCCUCCUGAUGUAUCCGGGACUGUACGUGCUCGGCGGUCUGCUCUUUCUGUUGACGCUGUUUGUGUUGAAGUGGGAUCUUAAACGAAAGGCAAGGAUGGAAAGCGAGAAGGUAGCAUUGUUGGAUGGUACCGAUGAGUCGAACAGUGAAGACGAAUACGAUCAGGCCGGGACUAUUCAGGCCGAGAGCGAGGAGGAGUAAAGACGGCGGUUGAUUUUAGUUACAUAUUUUUAUGCAUUAUUUGUAUGUCGAAUUAGCUGGUUUGUGACGGCGAAAUAGUUUGUUAAAAUACGAAUGUGUUAAUCAAUUUUUUAACUUUUAUAUCUGUUUUUGCAUGUUUAAUGUUUUUGAAAUAUUUCAUAUUUUAUUUGAAUGAUUUCAUCUGGA